GGGGAUAGAAAAUUCCAGUUCGUCCCCGUCGACUACUUACGAAUGAUACGCAUUUGUUGGUCAAUUAUUAAAUAAUCUAUGAUCGUACAUCGUGUUUAGUUCACAUACGUUCUCUUAUCUAGCUUCACUAAAAGCAGCCUUCUAUACCAGUGCGUAUAAAGGUUGCUCCCGAAAAGUAAAAUUACAAGUGCGUUCGCGAUUUUUCGAAUUCUAGCCUCUGAAGGAAUUCAACAAUGAAGCUGAUUUACAUUUUCCUCGUCACUUUUCUUUGCAUCAAUGGAUCGCUAGGAAAUAAACUUCAAUGUACAUCCAGAUCUGUAUUUGAUAUACCAAAGAAUUGGACGCAAAUGGCUAAUUCAUGCACGAAUGAAUUGAAAGCUCAAGUGAAUACUGAGAUUAAUGCUGCUAUGACUUAUCUUGCAAUGGGUGCUCAUUUUGCUCGUGAUACAGUUAAUCGUCCAGGAUUUAGCAAGUUUUUCUUUGAUUCUGCCAGUGAAGAAAGAGAACAUGCAAUAAAAAUUAUUGAAUAUCUGUUAAUGCGUGGUCACUUAACAGACGAUGUUAGCAAACUCUUAGACAUCAGUUCGCUGGGACCAUUGCGCGAGACCUGGAGUAACGGUAUUGAAGCUCUAAAAAACGCUCUUGAAUUAGAAACUGACGUUACAAAAAAGAUUCGCAAUAUUAUCAAACACUGUGAAAAGCCAAAAGACAGCAACUUCAAUGACUAUCAUUUGGUGGACUACCUCACUGGAGAAUUUCUAACUGAACAAUACAAAGGUCAACGUGAUCUUGCAGGAAAAAUUUCAACUUUGGGCAAAAUGAUAGCAACAAAUGGAGUAUUAGGAGAAUUCCUAUUUGAUAAAAAACUUUUGAAUAAUGAAGUUUAAUUUGUACUUGAAAUAACAAAAAUUUUACUCUAACAUUGCAUAUGAAAUUAUGGCCAUAUUUAGAAUGAACUAUGUAUAUUAGGUGUAAACGAUAGAGUCCGGUUGUAAAUUAAAACUUUAAAAAGAAACACCCAUUGAUAUAAUCGCAUCUAGGACCGUACGCAUUUUGUACAGGUAAUUUAAAUGUUGAACUGCGAAUGUUAUUUGUAAAUUACUUUCAUUUAAAAUCUUUGUAAUCAAAACUAUA